CGUGAGCCAUGCAGCGCGAGGGAUAAAAAAGUGAAGCGAGCGCGCGCGCAAGAGUGAGAGAGCGAGAGAGAGAGAGAGAGAGAGAGAGAGAGAGAGAGAGAGAGAGAGAGAGCGGGCAAUUCAGGAGUCCAGACUGAGGAGGAAAAGUGAGGAGGAGGGAGGAGAGAGAGAGAGGGAGAGAGAUAGACGCGCACUCACAGUCUUUUGUGCCAAAAUAAGGCGAAUAUUUACGGCGAGCACGCUGCUCGGUCGCCUCAGUCACCGCGAACGAAAGACGGAAGGAAAUAAGAGCGGGAAUCAGAGGAGAGAGAGACACACAGACAGACUUAGAUAGAGAAAGAGAGAGAGAGAGUUUCGAGGAGACGUUUCUCUCGUAAAGCUCGUCAGAAAAGUCGGCGGAACAGACCGUACUCAGCGCUCAGGAUGCCGCGGGUGGUGCCGGACCAGAGGAGCAAGUUUGAAAACGAGGAGUUCUUCAGAAAGCUGAGCCGAGAGUGCGAGAUUAAAUACACCGGUUUCCGAGACCGACCGCACGAGGAGAGACAAGCCCGCUUUCAGAAUGCCUGCAGAGACGGCCGAUCAGAGAUAGCUUUUGUGGCGACCGGCACCAAUCUCUCACUGCAGUUCUUCCCUGCCAACCUGCAUGGAGAGCAGAGGCAGAUGCCCACCCGAGAGUACGUGGACUUCGAGCGGGAGCCGGGAAAGGUGUACCUGAAGGCCCCUAUGAUCUUGAAUGGAGUGUGUGUGAUCUGGAGAGGCUGGAUUGACCUGCAGCGUCUGGAUGGGAUGGGCUGUUUGGAAUAUGAUGAUGAAAGAGCACAGCACGAAGAUGCUCUGGCUCAGGCAGCCUUUGAGGAGGCUCGCAGAAGGGCUCGUGAUUUUGAGGACAGGGAUCGUUCACACCGCGAGGACCUGGAGGACCCUGUGGCAUCAAAAAUCUGGGACUGAUGGCAUUCAUGGACCAGGCCCAGGCGACAGCAGGACCCCAGCCCUGGCUCCAACAUGGGCAACACUGACGAUCACAAGAUGCGCUAGCGGCAAUCAACAAUCAAGUGGGCAGGGGAAGGGUCACAUGAUGUCCAUCACCACGGCAAUCUCAUACACCCCGCCCCAUUCGCUGAUCACACGAGAGACCAAAGUCCACAUUGGGUUUUUUUGGGGGGUUGGGGGGUUGGAGAGGGUUUGUUAACGGUCCCUCAUUAAUCAUGCAGAAGGGUGUGGGUUGUUUAGGGCUGGUAUUAGCAUGGGUGUGGGGGAAAAGUUUUAUUUAAUGAACCCUCCCUGGUUCCUUCUUGGGGUUUUGCACUAUGUGAUACUUUCAAAAAAAAAAGUCCCCACAUUGCCUUUGGUAUACAAAGUGUUUCUACCUACGUUUCUUUCAUCCCCCUAUGCAAGCUAUAUCUUAUUUUAUUUUUUUGGCACUAUUGUAAUGAAAUGGCAUUCUCAUUUUAUUCAUAUUUGUUUGAGUGAAAGUCAAGAUGUUUACCUUUUUUGUAUUUUUAUUUUCUAUAUAUAUAAACUUGUGUGUCCUCGUGCUUUCGUAGGAGUAAAUGUUGCUAGCAAAAUUUGUGCUUUAGAGUAGAAAAAAAGGAAAACGAUAAAGAAGCUGCUGAUCUUGUUGACGAGGAAGGCUUUUCGUUGUCUCAUCUCCCGUCCUCUCGACGUCUUCCAUUCUUUUCCUGUUAGUGUGUGUCAAAACACACUUUAAAAGUGAAACGAGCAGCAGGAAGCAUGUUUUCAGGUCAGCUGUGCUCAUAGUGUCUUCCAAGCGAAAUGAAGCAAAGAGAUUUUCAUUUUUUCUUCUUUUCCUCAUCAUCUGAGUUUUUGUCACCUUGUUUUUAUGUUAGUUCUGAUUUCAGGAUCUUUUUUCUUGCUACGCCUCAACAGAAAAUGUAGGCCAGCUAUACCAUCUUGUGGUGCUGCAGCCUCUCAAGUUGAUUGAAUAUGCAGCAUUACCUUUCUAUUAAGUUCAGUCGCAACAUAGUGGUUAGUUGCAUGCCAGCCGAAUAUUAUAGUUCAGUUUUAGUUGUGGUUUUCUCUCUCUCUCUCUCUCCUCAUCAUUCUGUCCUAUAAGCUGGCUCUUUCAGAAGCACUUGAUCUAAGUCAUGCCUAUGUGAAAACAGGUUGAAUGGUUUACUCAAGGAAAAGUAGGAUGACGUUUGUAGCCCUUGUGUUGAACGGACAUGAGAAAGUUUAAAAAGCAGCAAGUCUAGGAGAUGUGAUGUGAGUGAGUUGAGAAAGGGGUCAAGUUCACAGUAUUGUUUCUUCCAACAUACAAAUAAGAUGAGAUUACCAACAGUUGUAAAUCAGAUUUGAAGCAGGUUAUAGUUCCAAAUCACAGUAACUGUAAUCUGUUUUGGCAGAAUAAUUUACUUUAAGAGGUACGUUUAUGUAUUUUCACCAAAACAUCCACAGUGUACAUAAUGUGUUCCUGCAUGGUCAGUUUCCCAAAAUCAAUGUAGCUUUAAAAACACACUAAGUAGAAUUUUCCAUUAACGUGAACAGGCACCAUGAAUGCUUUUUGUGAAAGUACACAGGUAUGGAGUGGUCCGUUACUGACUGAGAGGUGCAUGCUCAUUGGGCUUCUUUAGCUCAAGGUACAUUUCUGUUCUAUGGCGAUAAAAGCAGCACUUUCAGUGCCCAUUUCAUUUCUGGAUCUACUCCUACUCUGUACAGUCAGCAGUGCCACUAGCAAUGGGAAUUACCAUCAUAAUUAUUACUUAGUGUACAAAUAACUGCCUCAGGAACUGUUAGUAAGUUCUCAAAGUAAGUUCUGGCUGUUUUUGAAAUUAUAAUAUCUCUCCAGUCUCUCCACUUUAGUGCAUUUGGAGAAAAAAAACAGGCGUUUGAAAAGAAUGGAAGGAAAGUGAAAGUAGUUGAGAAGAGUAGUUGAUUGAGAAGCUGGUGAGAAGGAGCAGUAUAAGUUCUGAGCUCUCACAUGCUGUUCGAAAUGGUAAGGAUGGAGAUGAAAUGUGAUUAGAGUCUGUUACUUAUAUAUCAUAGACCAGGAGCAGAAUUACAAAACCCUGUUGUCGGUUUCCUCAGAAGGUUAUCAGCCAUCAAUACUUUAAGUGCAACUGCAUUACCUCAUUAAGUGCACAUGAACAGUAGCUCAUACCAUGUUUAAAAAUGUAGUACCCAACUUGGGUCUUAAAUUGGUCUAAGAUGUAGCCUAUUGAUGAAAUAUAGACUACCUCUAGCUACAACCAAAAAUAGUUUUGUAGCAGAUAUAUGUUUGCAAAGACAGAAGAAUAAUGUAUUAAGUCAGUAAUGUCUCUACAUUAAGAAAGCUGCUGUUGAUUAGAAUGUGCUGUGUAAGGUAUUUAUUGCUAAAAUGGACAUUUUUACCACCGAAUGAUCAGAGACAAGGAGCAAGAGGUCACUUUGGAGUACCCUAUAUUUUUUCAUACAAUUCAGAGACAGAGAAAUCAAUGGCCUAAGUAGAGUCGAUGUUACUGUUUUGCGAUGAUUUUUCGUUUUACUAUCCAGCAGAAAAUAGGAAACCUUCUCACAGGUCCCUCUUUCCCCUUUCCAGGUGUGUCUUGUGCUGUGUGUCAAAAAUACCAUUGCUGGUCCCAUAAGAUUCUGCAUCAUCUUUUUACUUAAUGCUGGCAUUAAGGCAAGAUACACACCAGGUUAUGGAUUUUCACAUUUCAUUUUUUUAAUAAAUGGUUUAUUUUCUUAAUUAUCUUUAAGUUAUUGAUGCAGGAUUACCUUUUCAUUUUCAGGUCACGCUAUGAAGAAACGUGUAUUUCUGUGUUUUAUUGCUUACCUUCUUCCUUAAUUCCCUGAGGAAUUAGGAAUGCUUUUUCUAUGUUUAUGUUUUUUUGGCAUUUUAAGAGGGGAGGACUGUUAACUGAAGUGUUAUGUUUGACUUGUUUCUAAAUAAACUUUUAACAAACCUCA